AUGAAGUUCCUGUCUGGGCUGAUCGAGGAUCCCAAACUAGCUGGGCUCGGGGAAAGGUGCUGUGCUCACAGCCUGCAGCUUCUGUCACCAGACUUUCCACAUUGCUGGCUUCUCCAGAUUCUUGGAGUCUCCUGCGACUUGCAAUUUCACCCUCAAAACUUCACAGGAUCAUCUCAUUUCUUCUGCAAUCUGACUGAAAGUCUCCCUGACACUAUAACUCUUGGAUUCUUUUAUCUCCUCAAGAUCAGUCCUUGGCUUCACCCUCCCAUGUAUUAUUUUCUCAGUCACUUGUCCUUCAUAGAUCUCUGCUACUCCUCUAUCAUAAUCCCAUAGAUGUCAGAGAGCUUUGUGUUAGAGAGGAACUUCACAUCCUUUCUGGAAUGCAUGGCUCAACUCUUCUUGUUCUGCUUCUUUGGUAUUGAUGAUUCCUACAUGCUGGCAGCCAUGGCAUAUGAUCGCUACUUUGCCAUCUGCAAUCCUUUGCUCUAUCAUGUCACCAUGUCUCACAGAGUCUGUUUGCUGCUGGUCACCAAUGUGUAUGCAGCGGGGGUUCUGGGGGAAUUAGCUCACACUAGCUAUGUUUCCACUUGCUCCUUCUGUGGAACUAAAGUAAUCCAUCAUUACUUCUGUGACAUCUUUCCUCUUCUGAAUAUCACUUGUACAAGAGACUACACCAAGGAGCUGUUGGUGACAAUGUUGCUUGGAUUUAAUGUGUUCACCUGUGCUUCAGCCAUCUUUGUCUCUUAUGCCUUCAUCAUUUCCAGGAUUCUGCAUGUACUUUCAGCUGGAGGCAGGUCCAAAGCCUUCAGUACCUGCAGCUCCCAUCUUGCAGCUGUUGGGAUUUUCUAUGGCUCCACCACUUUCAUGUAUUUGAAACCAGCUAGCAAUGAUAUGACCCAGGAGAAGAGGGCUUCUGUGUUUUACACCACUGUGGUUCCCGUGCUUAACUUCCUGAUCUACAGCCUGAGAAACAAGGAAGUCAAAGAAGCCCUAAAAUCAGUUCUGAAUUGUAGGAUGCUCUCCAGGUCUGCAUAG